GUGCUUUACGUAACUUUAUUUGGCUUGAGAAAUGAACACACACGUCCAAGUGUAUAGUAUUGUGUGCAGAAAGAAGGAGAAUGGUGAAACAUAGUGCGGUUAUGGUAGGGUCGCUAACUUUCCGCGUCCUCGUGUAACGCGGUGGGCCCGCUGCCCGGUAAAGAUUCCCGGGUCGGACUCCUUGCCGUUCUCACGGAGGGAGUGUAAUCAGUAUAUGAAAGCGUUGUUUGGAGCCGUUGAACAAAGAGCUUUUCUUCCCUCUACUAUUGUUACGGACUGGGACGGCUGGUAUCCCUCCGACCCAGAGGCGGUCUCGAACCGUAAAAGUGAGGGGUGCCCUGUGCUCCAGUCAUGACCUCUGGGAAUGGGAACACUAACAGCACCCAACACAAUGGAGAGAGUAAACGUGCCCAGGCCAUAGUCAAGUCUCACAUCCUCACCCAUCUCAUAGAAGGCUUCGUUAUCCAAGAGGGUGCAGAGCCUUUCCCUGUGGAACGUCCAUCUUUCUCAAUAGAGAAUCUAAGAAGAUAUACACCAGAUUCAAAGAUGGACAGCCUGUCAGCAAAGGAGGUAAAGGGCCAGCAGGAGCCCAUGCUCACCUGUGAAUUAUGCGGCAGGGUGGAUUUUGCCUACAUCUUCAAAAGGUCUAAGAGGUUCUGUUCUACAGUGUGUGCCAAACGUUACAAUGUGGGAUGCACAAAGCGAAUGGGUCUGUUCCCGAACCGCAAAACCACCCUGGAGAACAUGAAGAAGCAAAAAACUGUGAAUGGAAACCACAAAAACACCAUCAUAGAAUCUAAAAAGAAGACUGCUCCCUGUGUUCAGAAGCCUGCUGCUCACUCAGUCCACCCUGCACAGGGGGACUCAAAUCACUGUUCAGAUUUGUCCGUCUACAAAAGACCCCCGUCCCCUGUGUCAGCUUCCCAGCGCCUGCCUGUGACACAAGGCUCUGAGCUGCCACUGCUGCACCAUGGCUUCCUGCCCAGUGAUCCAGGGCAGUGGAACAUAGAGAACGUUUACAAGUUCAUCUCUUCUCUGCCAGGCUGCCUGGAAAUUGCCGAGGAGUUCCGCUCUCAGGAGAUCGACGGGCAGGCCCUGCUGCUGCUGAAGGAGGACCACCUAAUGGGAACCAUGAACAUCAAACUGGGGCCUGCACUCAAGAUCUUUGCUCAGAUCAGCAUGCUCAAAGACUCCUAGUCCAUCUCAUCCGAUACAUACAUAGCUCUCAAUGGCAGCUCAGCUAUUACUGGACUAACAGGACGUGCUCAGGAUUCCCCAUGUUAAAUAGUUCUCGGCUGAAUUCAGGUCCCAAGACAAUUUUCAUUGAUGGAUAUUUUGUAACUGUCUUCUGACCUAAUGGACGUCAGCUCCAACGUUUACACUGAAAACUUCACUGUGGCACAAGUUCACUGUGCCCUGUGGUUGGGAGGGCUGCUGUGUUAGCUAGGCAGUGUAGAAAAAAGUUUGAUUACAAAUACAUUUAGUUUUUUAUAGUGUUUUUUGUUCCUUAGGUUUAGCAUUUAAUUUGUUUUGGAGCGUGACUGUGAAGAUUUCAAACGUGUGCCUACCAUUUCAGUAAAAUACACUUUAUUCAAGACUGAA